GCCGCGCUUUCUACAGCCGGCUCCAUACAGGGGUCUGCGGCACUGACCAAACACCGACCGGGGAGAGGGAGCUGAGCAGCUCAAGAGGAGGACGAGCAUCCAAUAGAGGGCGACAGAGAGACAUCACUGAGGAGCAUUCUGGGAGAAGUCAGCUCAUUCGGCAUGACUGAACAGUGAAUCGAGGAAGAAUCUGGUGUCAAAGAAUGUUGUCGUUUUAAAUAACUGACUGGUUUGGAAAAUUCAGAGGGCAGUUGAGGGUUAACCACAAUGUAUGAGUUAGACUCAUGGAAGCUAGGCCAGGUGGUGAAUCACUCAACACCAUGUGGAAAUCUGUGGAUUUAAGGUCUCUGCUCUGUUGCCUUGUUUAUCUGCUUGGACCUCAUAUAGGAGUUCUUUUGGAUGCACAUGAAUGUCUCAGGAUCACAGUCAGUGCCAACCCUGUGCACUGGGGAUCAUCACUGGUUGCUACCUGCAAAAUAAUAAACACCUCCUGUAUUAUGGGCUCUAUCACUCACGCCUCUCAGAUAAUGUGGCAACUGGAUAAUAUGUAUAUUGUGAAGACACAAUACACAGUUAUGGACAGGACCAUGUCCCAGGUCAACAUUUCUGCUUUCAAACAAACAGUUGGAAAUCUCACCUGUGAGAUUCCACAAAGAGCAGGAGGGAUUCUGCAAAAUGGAGUGCGAAUCCAAGCUGGCUUUCCUCCAAUGAAGCCAACAAAUUUAACCUGUGUAACAAGCUGGAAGGAAAAAAUCAGCAUGACAUGCAGCUGGGAUCCAGGCAGAGACCCUUACAUCCGAACAACCUACACACUCCGCAGAAUAAAGAAUCUGGGUAAGUGUCAUAAUCAUGGAAUGGAUGCAGAGUGGAGUGACUGCUUUUCUCAAGAUUCCCAUUCCUGUACUGUGCCCCGUGACAAACUCCGUCUCUUCUCCACUGAUGAUAUCUUUGUUCUUGCGGAGAAUGAGCUUGGAUCCCAAGUAUCUGAUGUCCUGUGCCUUGAUGCAAUGGAUGUAGUGAAGCUAGAGCAGCCUGUCUAUCCCAUCGUACAAGCAGAUCAACAAAACAGCCACUGUCUGAUUAUAAGCUGGACAAUGAAUAUUAAACUACAAAUUAAAUGCCAGUUGCAGUACAGAGAAUAUGGAGAGUCUGCGUGGAGACAGAUGGUGGCUGUCAUCAACCAACUGCAGAAAGAGGAGCGCCUGUGCCAGUUGUCACCAGGCACUGAGUACCUCAUCCGUCUGCGCUGUAUGUUGUAUGAUACAACUCGAUACUGGAGCGACUGGAGUGCAGAAUACUCUGGAUGCACUGCAGAAAGCUCUCCUGUGGGGAUACCUGAAGUCUGGUGGCAUUUUGAAGGUCCUGUUCAAGGUGAAAACAUGUACAUUCGAAUGUUUUGGAAAGAACUGAAGAAGUCAGAAAUGAAUGGGAAGAUCCGUGGCUACAGAGUGACAUUUGGAUGUGAACCUGACACCAAUCAUCCUGAGGUCACUUUGUGCAAUACAACAAGUUUGAGCUGCAGAAUCUCAACUCCGAAAGGAGAUGGCAACAUCUGUGUUCGUGCUUACAACGCUGCUGGGCACUCACCUGCUGCAUUGCUGGCACUGCCUACUCUCCACCAGACAGGUAUUGCUGCCCUUCGUCCAUUCGUAAACAUCAUCCCGAUUACAGAGCAUAGUCUCCAAAUUUAUUGGACACAUCCAAGCAUCCCAGUUCUUGGUUACAUAGUAGAAUGGUGUAAAAUGUCAGAAGAAUAUUCUUGUGAAAUCAACUGGAAGAAAGUUUCAGCAGACAGCACUGGUUCCAUCCUACAAGAGAAUAUCGAACCCAUGAAACGUUAUGCCAUCUCCAUCUACCCUCUCCUUUUAAAAGGACUUGCACUUCCAUAUUCUACUGAAGCCUAUUCCAAGCAAGGUGCCCCACUGACUGGCCCGAAAGUAAGUGCAAACCGUAUUUGGAAAUCUAAGGCUGAGGUAAUCUGGGAGGAGAUUCCGACCAGCAAGCGCCAAGGUUUCAUUCGGAAUUACACAAUAUUCUACAGCGAUAAGACAGGGCCUGUUCAAUAUAUUGUGAGAAGUGAUCUAGAAAGGAGAUACACGUUGACUGGGCUUCUGGCUGCUACUAAUUAUGAGGUGAAAGUCAUGGCAACAACUGAUGCAGGUGGAACAAAUGGUUCAGUCUUGAAUUUUACCACAAAGAAAUCUGAUGAUGGGAACAUCUUGAUUAUCAUUGCAUGGCUUUUCCCAAUUCUCCUUCUCUUGAUGUCCAUUCUGCUUUUGACGUACUUUCUUCUCAGAAAGAUGUUAACUGGACAACUAUGGCCCAAGAUACCAAACCCUGCAAACAGCACCCUUGCUAACUGGACCCCAGGGAGGAAAGCCCAGGAUUGGAAUUGUUUGGAAGGAGUUCCUGACCAUGUUGUUUCCUCUGUUACGUUACUUCAGAGAGAUGCAAGACAAAACACUGCUUUUGGAGCAAAAUCAAAACCCUUGCUUGAUGAUGAAAAUGCUCUGAGCAUUGAUUUGAAUAUAAAGAGCACCAAUGGUGUAGAGACCCCGCACUGUUGCUCAGAGGGGCGUAAUUAUGUUGUUUACAUGCCAUACCACAAUCUUCCUGAGGAGGCUCAGUAUGCAACUGUGAUGCACUCGAAAGACCAGAUAGGUCCACCCACACUCUUCUUGAGGUCAAAUUCCACUCAACCACUUCUGCAUGAAUUAACCUCAAGUCCCAAACCGUAUGAGAAUCCAUGGUUUACAAUGUCUGAUACAAAUCACAGUGAAUUGUCCCAGGACUUUUCACUGUCAGAUAUUAUGGUUGAAGAGGACGAAAUCCGGAAAACGUUCCCACUUUUGUGGGGUCUAGUGUCUGAGCACAAAGCUGAUUAAGUGGUGACACAGUUGUGACCUGUUGGUGAAUUACAGAAAUGGUGAUAUAUUGAUGAUGCAUUGAUGCUUCAAAAGGUGCCACAAUCAUCAGUGCUGAAUGGUGACAGCUCUGCUCAGUGUGUAGGUGCGAGCAACACCAUUGGCCCAAUUCCUCUGCUAUUUCUGCAUAAACCUGCAAAUUUUUUCUUCCCUUCGUGGAAUUGUCUACAUUCCUUUUGAAACCACUUGUGAAUCUGCUUCCCCAACAAUCUCAAAGUGCAUUCUGGAUCUCAACCAUUGGCUCCGUAACAAUGCUUUUCUCCUGUCACUUUUGGUACUUUUGCCGAUCAUCUUAAAUCAAUGUCGUCUGCUUUUUGACCAUUCCACCAAUGGGAAAAAUUUCUUCAAGCCAUUCUAGAACAUAGAACAGUACAGCACAGUAUAGGCCCUUUGGCCCUUGAUGUUGUGCCGGUUUUCUAUCCUACUCUGAGAUCAGACUAACCUACGUGCCUUUCAUUGUACUAACUUCCAUGUGUCUAUCCAAGGGUUGCCUUAAAUGUCUGUGAUGUAUCUGACUCUACCACCACUACCUGGCAGUGCAUUCCACGCACCCACCACUGUCUGUGUAAAGAACCUACAUCUCCCCUAAAACUUUCUCCAUUUACCUUAAAAUAAUGCCCUCUUGUGAUAGACAUUUCUGCCCGGAGAAAAUGUCUCUGACUGUCCACUCUAUCUAUGCCUCUCAACAUCUUGUACA